AUGUACAAGUUCGGCUACUACGACCAGAUCUGCCACACGGUGCAGAUGGCAGCGUGCCCGCUGCUGGGGGCAAACCAGAUUGGGUUUGAGCCCAGUUGCUACGCGCGUAACAUUGAGGUGAGCAGCGCGCUCAUCUUCCAGGCGGCGUCGCUUAUUAUCGACAUCAUUGCGCUGUUCAUGACAGUGAUUAUGAUCUUCCAUGUGCGCUCCAAGUACACGGCGGUCGGGCGCAAGGAGAUGGUGCUGUUCUUCUACCUGUACUUCCUGAUGACGGUGCUGGACUUUAUCACGAUCUCGGGCAUCAUUCCGAUUGCGUCUCCAGUGUAUCCGUACUUUGUGGCGGGGUAUCUUGGACUGACGAGCGCGAUGUGCUGGUGCCUGAUGCUGAACGGGUUCAUUGGGUUCCAGUGGGCUGAGGACGGAACGGCGGUGUCGCUGUGGUCGUUCCGGCUGACGUCGCUGGUGAUUUUCGGAGUGAUGUACUUUAUCUCGAUUGCGACGUUCAAGGGCAUUGCGUCGUUUACGCCGGCGCACCCGAUCGGGCUGUUCAUCGUGCACUUUAUCUUCAACCCGUUCUGCCUGUUCGUGUACGUGAUUCUGCAGAUUAUCCUGGUGGUGAACACGCUGGACGAGUACUGGCCGCUGGGAAACAUCUGCUUUGCGGUGGUGUUCUUUAUCAUCGGGCAGUGCAUCCAGAUAUUCCUGAGCAACAAGAUCUGCGAUGCGAUCAAGCACUACGUGGACGGAGUGUUCUUUGGCACGAUCUGUACGCUGCUGUCGGUGAUGAUGAUUUACAAGUACUGGGACUCGAUCACCAAGGAGGACCUGGAGUUCAGCGUUGGCGGCAAGGGCAAUGUGUGGGAGGUCAAGGAGCUGCUGAACGAGGACGACGAGUUUGCGCCGUAUGCUGGGCAGGCGGCCAACACUGUGGGGCCGGCUGGAGUGUCGUUUGCCAACACCAACUCGCAGUACAACACAAAUUCGCAGUACGGCGGGUACGGACAGCAGGGCGGACAGCAGCAGUACCAGCAGCAGGCGUAUCCUCCGUACUAA